GGGGCGGGGCAACCCGGCGUCCAUGCAAAUUAGCCCCGCCCCCCGCCCCCUCCCGGAAGCCGCCGUCCCGGCGCGGAGCUCAACUCGGCUCCGGCCCGGGUUUCCGCGCGCGUCCAUGCUUCCGGCCGGCCCGUGCCUCGCGGUGAUGGCGGCAAGGUACGCGCGGCCCGUGCGGGUGCUGGUGGACAUGGACGGCGUGCUGGCGGACUUCGAGGCCGGCCUGCUGCGGGGCUUCCAGCGAAACUUCCCCAGGGAGCCGUACGUGCCGCUGGAGGAGCGCCGCGGCUUCUUCGCCCGGGAGCAGUACCGAGCCCUGCGCCCCGACCUGGCGGACAAAGUGGCCAGUGUGUAUGAAGCCCCAGGCUUCUUCCUAAACUUGGAGCCCAUCCCUGGAGCCUUGGAAGCCAUGCGGGAGAUGAAUGACAUGCAGGACACUGAGGUCUUCAUCUGCACCAGCCCGCUGCUCAAGUAUGACCACUGCGUGCGCGAGAAGGUGCGGCACUGGCGGCACACCCAGGGUCCUAAGGCCCCAUCUUUGAAAGAAACCAGCAGAAACACACAAAGUCGGGGGUGGGGGUGGGGGGAGGGGACGAUAGCUUCAAGGGCGGCAGACCCUCCCACCUACUUGCUCGCUGGCCUUGAAUUCCGGGGUCCGUCCGGCCCUCCUGACAGACUUGUGCCCACCACACAGUACGGCUGGGUGGAGAAGCACCUGGGGCCCCAGUUUGUGGAGCGCAUUAUCUUGACGAGGGACAAGACCAUGGUCUUGGGGGACCUGCUCAUUGAUGACAAGGACACCAUUCAAGGCCAAGAGGAGACCCCAAGCUGGGAGCACAUCUUGUUCACCUGCUGCCACAACCAGCACCUGGCCCUGCCCCCGACCAGGAGGCGGCUACUCUCCUGGAGUGACAACUGGAAGGAGAUUAUAGACAGCAAGCGGGAAGUCCUGUGGCGGGGCCCGCCCGGCCUGGGUCUGCUGCAUGCAUGAGCCAAGGGGCAGUGGCAGUGGACAGGAUCUGGAGGAAGGGGAGGCAGGCCAGCAGGGAACCCCGGCACGACUGGGUGCCAGGGCAGCAUGGUGGCAGGGACCCCUCAGCACUGCCCUCUGGAACCUCCCGGGGUAGCUGCAUGGCCACCUAGUGGGAAAUCAGGAACCUUUUAAAUAAAGCACUGCUCACUGCUC